UUCUUGAGACCUUGUCGUCAGUUAAAAUAUCGAUUUCAGCACGUUAUUUUAGCGUAUUGCAAGAGAAUCGAGACAUUUGAUUUAUUGAUAUUUAUUAUGUUAUUGAUUCUAUGAAUUGUUAACAGAAAACGAAGAAAAGGAUGGCAUUAUUCGCUAAUAUUCGCCAUAUGUUGCUCUGCGUGGAAAGAGUAGGAGUGCAAAGGCAUUUACAUGUUACUUCAGUUGUAAAUAAAACACAAGCUGGUCGUCACAGACCUUCGCUAAGAAGAAACAAACCACUGACUUAUGAAAUGGCGUACGCACCGCAUGAUAUAGCUCACAGAAAAUCAUGGAACUCGUGGAAUACGUCAAAUGUAACCGAUGGAAAUCGAGUGCCAGAAACAACAAUAGAAGAUGUAUUUAUUCGUCGAUUCAUGGAAGGAACAUGGCACAAUGUGUUUUUAUGUGACAUCAUUAUUAAACGUCAGCACAACAUAAUCAGGAUUGCUGGAAUUAUAAAGCAAACACUGAACCCCCAGAAAAUGUAUUUUCUAAUAGGAUAUAGUGAGGAACUUUUAAGCUACUGGUUACAGUGCCCUAUAAAAUUAGAAUUACAAUCCGUGGCGAAUCCAAAGGAUGUCAUUUACAAAUAUAUUUAAAUAGUGUAUUAGGAAAAAGAAAUUAUAGUAUUAAAAUCAUGAACAGCAAGAUCAAACUUUCUGACGAAAAUAUUAAAGAGUGAGUGAAUGAACUCUAGCAAUGUUAUAUCAUUCAAUUAGAACUGCAACAUUUAUUUUAUUUCUUUUCUCUCACUUACCUUCAAGAAAUUACAUUUUGUCAAAAGGUAUGUACUAUGAAGAUAUCCUGUUAAUUGUGCUGAACGAAGUCCAUAAAAUAAUGAAAUACAACGACAAGAUUAUUUGAAUGUUUCAUUUAUUUUGCAUUAUUUCAAUAAAUCGUUACAUUCGAUCAUGAUUCGAACGCAGCCCAUAUACAA